CAGCCGACGGCGCAGCGCAUUGGUGCCGCACGAGCACUACCGGACCGGUUUCGCACCGUCAGGGCAUCAGUGUGAACGGUACAUGUGGCCCCGCCUCCUCGCCGCCACGCGGUCGAACGCCGAGCUCUGGAGCUUGCCCCUGCUCCUGAUUGCCACCGCGCUGCCGUCCUUCGACGUGCUGCGCAUGAACCGGAACGCACGCGUGCCGCGCGCCGCCAACCGCGGGAAGCGCGCCGUGAGCCACCACAACCGCAAGGCGAAGCGGCCGCGCAAGGGCACGCCGACGCUGAACAAGCGCGGGCGAUAAGCGAUGGCGUCGAAGCCGGCCCUUCUCGCCACAGGCGCCGCCUUGGCUGCCGCAGCUUGGUACUACCUACGGUACCGACGCAAGACCGCACCGAAACCGCCGCCCAAACCGCAGCCCAAAAAGCGACAGCUCUGCGCCUGCGGCUGCGGCAGAGUCGCGUCGAUGCGCUGCGGCCGCUGCAAGACGGCGCGCUACGCGACGCGCGAGUGCCAAGCUUCUCAUGCACGGGCGCACGCGCCGGUGUGCUACUUCGAUUCCGGCGUCCAGGCCAUGGACGCCGGGGAGCCUCGAAAAGCGGCCAAGCUCUUCGAGACGUCCAUCGCGAAGGCGGACAAGCUGCCGCCGGAAGAGCGCGUCAAGCGGAGAAGCGCGGCCUACCUCGCCAUGGGACGGGCGAGGCAAAUGGCGAAAGACUAUGAUGCCGCGCUCGCCGCGUACGCGGCGGGCGUAACCUCCGCAAAAGCCGCGAACGUGCCGGCGGACGCGGUCGAGUGCAUGGUCGGCGCCGCCAACGUCGUAAGGGCGAUAGACGGCGCCGCGGCGGCCGUCGAGCUCUUCGCCGCGGCCGCCGCGCGGGCGGACGAGGCGAUCGCUAGCGGCGGCGCGCGCCGCGGACCGGGCGCGCUGCCGGGCGCCGAAGCCACGCGCCUCGUCGCGGCGCGGGCCUCGGCGUGGGCGAACCAGGCGACGUCUAUGCUUGCGACGCCCGGAUCCGACGCCAGGCGGGCCAAGUCGCUCCUCAAACGGGCCCUCGACGCGCGGAUAGCUAUGGCAAAUUAUUAUCCGGAGUCCAGCGAGGCGAAGCGGCAACUCGCAACUAGUCGAGCGAAUUAUGGCCUAGUGCUGAGGUUGACCGGCGACCCGGCCGCCGAGGCUAUGAUUCGAGCCGCCGAAGCGGACGCGGCGGCGAUCGGCGAGGCCGGAGCAGGUAUCAUGCAGGCCCUAAAACGGAACAGCGCCAAUUUGGGCAAAGCACCCGCCCCGCCGGGGACGUGCCCAAUCUGCUUAGAAAAUUUCGGGGACGCCUCGGUGGAAGCGGGCUGCGGCCACCGCUUUUGCCGGGAGUGCCUGCGGACCUGGCUCAAGCGGUCGAACCGGUGUCCGACGUGCCGCCAGUGCCUCAACUUCGCCGCGGCGCCGGAGUGCCUCAAUAUGGGUGAGACGCCGGCGCCUAG